AUGCUCCGAAAAGGUCGAAAAGGCAACAACAGCAGCAGCGCUGCCAGCGGCGGCGCUGCCCCGUCGCGAAGCGCCUUGCGGGAGGUAUCGAUUCAGCAGGCCCUGGCGGCGUUGCCCCCUGCAGCGAGUCGCGCCAACCUGCUCUAUCAGUGCUACGACACCUUGUGCGCGCCGAGUAACGCGAUGUUUCUGUCUCCUUCGAACGCCGGCGGAGGUGACAAGCAGCGUCCCGUGGGUAUGACGGGCGCUCUCGCUGCUGGUGCGGCAGCUGGCAAGGCCAACCACGUCAGGCGAGGCGUAAGCAUUGCUGGCUUCAAUGGAGCGCAGGGGCACAGUAGCGCGCAGACGACGGCGCUAACGAGGGUCACCAAGCAGCAGCAGCAGCAGCAGCCUGGCAGCAACGGAGCGCGUGGGCCACCGCUGCCGCCAGCGCCGGUUGCCCGGGGAGGCGAGAGCUACGCUAAUGAGAAUAAGCGCCUCGCCAUUUCAGACCCACUUCCCUACUCGGCACGACAACGGCAGAAAGACGGCAACGGCGGCGGCGGUGUCAACGGCUACACAACAGCUCAUCGUAAGGCUGUGGGUACCACACGGGGCGGGGCCGAGCCGCACGAUACUCCUGACCUCAGCGCUCGCAGGGGCAGCGAUAGCGCACUGUACAGCGAAACUGGCACGGGCCGCCGACGUGCCUUGUCGCCGCCACGGACACACGAAGACGUGAAAGAAAUCCUGCCCCGGCUGCGUCCACUUCGCGAGGUUGGGCAUAGUGGCAGCGUGAGCAGGCUCUGCAGUCCACCACCACGGCUUUUGGCCGACCACCACGACACAACCACCGGUGACACGCUGAACACCUUGCGCACCAUAGUGGGCAACAGCAGCAUAUGUGUGGACGACAGGGAAAAGGAGAAGCAGCGCGAGGUACUCAGCGCACCGCCGACGUCGUCGACAAUAAUUCCAUCUAGCUACUCACCACGCCCGGUGGGAGAUCAGCUGCGUCUACUCCGUCGCCACAGCAGCCAAGGAAGCGCGCGCGGAAACAACGGUAUGGCGACCCGGGCUGCCGGCGGACUAUUUACCUUGGAGAGCGUAGCUGGUGGCACUGGCGAUACCAGUACCGCGUCGAUCGAGACCCGGCGCAACGUGAAGCGUGGGGCGGCCGCAGUAGUCGCGGCGGCGGUGGCGCAGCGUGGCAUUGGUGAGAUGGACAGCAAGUCGGCGGAUGACUGCAGCAGGACCAAUGUGAGGAGGGCGCCGCACAGCGUUGAGGCUGAGCAACGGGGGCACAACGAUGGUGAAACGCGAGGUGAGGCGUCUGACUCCGACAAACUGUUUGGCAGCACGCAGACGCUCUUCUCGCUGCGGUCAGGUGCGGAAAGAGGCAACGCCAUGAAUGCUGGCGCACAACCAACCCCGCCGCCGGCGCCAGCGACCGUUCCAUCGUCGCGCACGCGCAACCGCGCCAACAGCGCCAACAGCGGACCGGGGUGCGCCGAAAAUGAGCUCCCUGUCUACAAGUUCAAUGUCGUGCUCAGCAGCGGCAGGACGACGACAGUCCCUAUAUCGCUUAUCGUUGGCAGCGGCUGCGUGCAAGGGAUGCGACCAACCAUGGAGGAUGCUCACUUCGCUGUCCUCAACGCAGCCCACGUUCGCGGUCAGCCCGUCUCGCUUCUUGCCGUGCUGGACGGCCACUGCGGACGGCGGGUGGCCGACCUCGGAGCCAAGUGGCUGCCUCACUACGUACUGCAUCACGCCGCCCUUGGCGAGAAUAACGCGCUGGCGCUUGUGGAGUCCAUCCUGCAGACGGACCGUGAGAUCUUCCACACUCUUCAGGCAAAGAGUCAGCUAAACGAGCAGCACAAGGCGGGCCGCGGCAUCGGACGUCGACGCCACGACGUGGAGGAGGAAAUGUUCGACGAAAUGGCGAGCGGGACGAACGGCGGGUCGACACUGAUUGCAGCCGCCGUGUGUGGCCGGAUGCUGUACGUGGCGUGCCUCGGCGACGCCCGAGCUGUGCUCUACGACGGACACACCACGAUCGCCAUGAGCGAAGAUCACAAGCCUGGCAAUACGACCGAGUCCCGUCGCAUUGCCAAAUGUGGCGGUUUCGUGCAGUUUGGCCGUGUGUGCGGUAUUCUCGCGGUGAGCCGCGCCCUGGGCGAUUUCGAGUUUAAGUUUCAGCCGUCGUCGGCGCUCGAUGUGAAGGGCGAGGAGAAACUGUCGACGAACUUUCCGUUCGGCGUCCUCCGCGACAGCGACUUGAAGGGGUCAGCCGCGCCACCGUCGCCCUCGCACUGCCGCCGCUUCAUCUCGAAUCGGGACUUGAUGGUGAGCAACAUAGCCGACGUCCGACAACUGCAUCUUACUGACGCCUCCGCUUUCUUACUCCUCGCCUGUGAUGGGCUAUGGGACGUGCUGAGUAACGAGGAGGCCACCGAGUUUGUGCGCGACUUUCUGUGCUACACACCGGACGUUUGCGACCCGCACAUUCUCUCCGGGGUGAAGUCGCGCCCCUCCCCAGACGUGGUACAGCGUGUCCUUAAUAACUGCUGUCAGAAGCUCGCUGAGUUCGCUGUGGAUCGCGGCAGCAUGGACAACGUCUCUGUGAUGGUACUCUUCUUCCACGAUGUCGUUGACACCGUCGCACGCUUCAGCGGACGGGUGCCGUCCCCAGCGAAGGUGGGUGAAGGCUCCAGUAGCGCUUCCCAUCAGCCCCACUCUCUGCGCGACUUGGGCAGGUCCAAUUCGCGCAACUCUGCACCGUCGGCCUUCCAGCUGACAAACAGCCAGCUGAAAGUGCGCAAUGGCCGCAUUGUCGCGCAGCGGUAG